CGCGGCACCGGGAUGGAGGGUUCGCGCGCGGGGCGGACGGCGGGGCUGGCGCGCGACGUGCUGGAGCGGGCGCGGCGGCGGCGGCGGCGCGCGGCGGGACGGGACCCGCGCCCGGCCUCGGACCCGGAAGAAGAUUCAGAACGUCUCAAUGCAGCAUUUGCUUCAAUUGUGAACUUGAUGAAUCAAGCCUCAAAGGAAUGUGAGAAGUAUUAUAGCUCUAUGACAACCUGUAGAUGCAAAGAGCAUGAAAUCAAACACAUCUGUAGAUACCAUGCCAGGCAAGCAGGGAGAAGAGAGCUGGAGUCCUCUGAAGAAAAGAGGACUGAAGCCUCUGUACCACCCAGUCAAGUUCAAACUUGCCAGCAGUGUGCCAGACAAGGUUCUGAAGACAUCUACAUUGAAGUUUCUCCAGGCUUCUAUUCUGUCACAGCAACCUCAGAAGACAUGGUGCAACAAACUCACAUGGUGGAUGUCCACGCAGGACAAAGUAUUGAUUUAACUUUUGUUCUAUGAUGUUUGUUGUUUCUUGGCAAUCACAGGAAUAAAAUAUGAGGCCGUUUUAAUGCAUAUAAUGAACUAUGAAUAUAUUUUUCUUGUUAGCACUUUAAUAGUAUUCUCAUCUUUGGGACUCCAUUUUUAUGACCUGUAUAUUUGUUUUGUACUUAACGCAAUUAUAUGCAGCCCACUCUGUACACUGAUUUUAUAGAUACUUGUACAUUGUGUGCCUUAAAUCUAAUUAUGUGACUUGUAAUUCUAGGUUCUUAUGCUUUAAAGAAUUAAAGAUACAAUCAGUGUAAUAAAAUACAUAAUUUAGUCUU